CCGUGCGCUCCGACACCUUCGGCAAUUUCCGUCGGGCCCUGGCCGCCAUUUUCUAGCCGCUUGUGUGUCUCGCUGGCUGCGUGGCUCGGUUCUUGUGAGCGAAGCUUUGUCCGGUUCGGCAAUGGACGGAAUUGUCACUGAGGUUGCAGUUGGCGUCAAGAGAGGAUCUGACGAACUACUCUCAGGCAGUGUUCUCAGUAGUCCAAACUCUAAUAUGAGCAGCAUGGUGGUUACAGCCAAUGGUAAUGAUAGUAAAAAAUUUAAAGGAGAAGAUAAAAUGGAUGGUGCCCCUUCUCGUGUACUUCAUAUUCGAAAGUUACCUGGUGAAGUGACAGAAACUGAAGUUAUUGCUUUAGGCUUACCUUUUGGUAAAGUGACCAACAUCCUUAUGCUGAAAGGAAAAAAUCAGGCAUUUUUGGAACUAGCAACAGAGGAAGCCGCUAUUACUAUGGUUAAUUACUAUUCUGCUGUGACACCUCAUCUCCGUAACCAACCAAUUUAUAUCCAGUACUCCAAUCACAAAGAACUAAAAACAGAUAAUACAUUAAACCAACGUGCUCAAGCAGUUCUUCAAGCUGUGACAGCUGUCCAGACAGCAAAUACGCCUCUUAGUGGCACCACAGUUAGUGAGAGUGCAGUGACUCCAGCCCAGAGUCCAGUGCUUAGAAUAAUUAUUGACAAUAUGUACUACCCUGUAACACUUGAUGUUCUUCACCAAAUAUUUUCAAAGUUUGGUGCUGUAUUAAAGAUCAUCACAUUUACAAAAAAUAACCAGUUUCAGGCUCUUCUCCAGUACGGUGAUCCAGUAAAUGCUCAACAAGCAAAACUAGCCCUAGAUGGUCAGAAUAUUUAUAAUGCUUGCUGUACACUAAGGAUUGAUUUUUCCAAACUUGUGAAUUUGAAUGUAAAAUACAACAAUGAUAAAAGUAGGGAUUAUACUCGACCUGAUCUUCCAUCUGGGGAUGGACAACCUGCAUUGGACCCAGCUAUUGCUGCAGCAUUUGCCAAGGAGACCUCUCUCUUAGGGCUUCCUGUUGCAGCUGUUCCAGGAGCUCUGAGUCCUUUGGCUAUUCCAAAUGCUGCUGCAGCAGCUGCUGCAGCUGCUGCUGGCCGAGUGGGUAUGCCUGGAGUCUCAGCUGGUGGCAAUACAGUCCUGUUGGUUAGCAAUUUAAAUGAAGAGAUGGUUACGCCCCAAAGUCUGUUUACCCUCUUCGGUGUUUAUGGAGAUGUGCAGCGUGUGAAGAUUUUGUACAAUAAGAAAGACAGUGCUCUGAUACAGAUGGCUGAUGGAAACCAAUCACAGCUUGCCAUGAACCAUCUUAAUGGACAGAAAAUGUAUGGCAAAAUUAUUCGUGUUACUCUGUCUAAACAUCAGACUGUACAACUACCUCGAGAGGGACUUGAUGAUCAAGGGCUAACAAAGGAUUUUGGUAAUUCCCCAUUGCAUCGUUUUAAGAAACCUGGAUCCAAAAAUUUUCAGAACAUUUUUCCUCCUUCUGCAACCCUACACCUAUCCAAUAUCCCUCCUUCAGUAGCAGAAGAGGAUCUACGAACACUGUUUGCUAACACUGGGGGCACUGUGAAAGCAUUUAAAUUUUUUCAAAGAGAUCACAAAAUGGCUCUUCUUCAGAUGGCAACAGUGGAAGAAGCUAUCCAGGCCUUGAUUGAUCUUCAUAAUUAUAACCUUGGUGAAAACCAUCAUCUGAGAGUGUCUUUCUCCAAGUCAACAAUUUAAAAAGGGGGAGGUGAAGAUGGAGGGUGUAUCACAUUGUUUGGUGUCAUCACCUAUUGACUGUUCAGAAAAGUGGGGACCAGAGUUUGAUUUUUUUUUUUGUUUCCUUUUUUUUUUUCAUGCUGUUAUCAUUCCUUGGUUAUAAAAUGAAAUGGCAUACAUAAAGGCAGAGUGUUAACUGCUAUAUUUCAUCUGUUCUAUAGGGAAGCCAUUUUUAUUGUCUGUUUAAAUUUUUAGUUUAAUUAUACUUUCCUUUUUCAACUUAGUUGACAUACGUGCCUUAAAAAGGAAAACUAGUGUUGCUAUUGUGCAUUUACUAGGAAAAAGGAAUUGGUUGUCUAGGGCACAUUGUUAUAUGGGAAUUACCAUAUGUUUAGGCAGGGGUGUGUAAAAAGGUUAAGUUUUUGUUUCUCCUGCUUGGAACUUAUUUUGAAUUAUUGGCUUGUCACAUUUCUUUCUAUUUACUCAAAUAAGAUACAUGAUACUGAGAGAAUUAAAGCAGCAUUUUUUAGUUUUUACUACCUUAGGCUUUAUUGCUUUAAAAAAACAUUGGCCUUUUGUAUCUCACAAUUCUGGUCUAGAUUCAGUUAUGAAUGUAGGCAUUAGUUAAAAUUAACAAGAUGCAGAGUAUUAAUUUCUUAAGACAACAAAGUGAUUUCUGUAAGUUUGAGCCCUAUGUGGAAAGCAUUGUGGAAUCUUAACCUUUUUGUACACACUCUUGUGGGACGUAUCAUAUAAAUGUCAGCACUAAGUAAUGUCUUGUUUGUGGCUGAAUAUUUUUCGUAGAUGUUUUUGAAGUUGACAUGACUUACGUGCAUUUAAAUAUAUAUUGCCAUCCUUAGUUUGUAAUUAAGAUUUGGAAUAUGGUUGUGGAUUUCUGAGCAUGUGCAGACUGGUCUAGCUAGUUCAGGAACUGGUGCAUGUAUUUUUCAAAGAUAAAGAAAGUGUACUGCGAAAAUUUGCAGGAAGAUUAAUUUUGUGGCAGUUUUCUAAAACUGACAACCAGGUGGGACCAAAGUUUAUGUGCCUUUAGUCUUAAUUUACCUUGCAUUGUAAUAUUCAGUUUUAAUAAAUCUUCAAAAUAUUUUGUAUUUAGGAAUAGAUCUGACUUUAAUAAAAACAUGGCUCAGAAUCUACAGGUCAAAUUAAUUUGAACAGUUCUUGUCAAUCUGAAUUGUUGAUUCUGUUUAAAUGACCAAUACUUUUUGAAAUUGAUGUACUUAGUUUCAAGAUUCAUAGAUUCUGUUAUCUAUGUAGACAGAAUGGUCAUGUAUAUUUUCUAUUAGUUGAGUUUUUACAUCUUUAGAAAUGUAAAAUUCAGUAUAGUUUGAAAGCGGCACAAUUAAAAAUUAAUUUUCUAACAAAGUUGGGAGGUUUGAUGGUUGUUUAAUUUCCUUUUGUGUGUACUCUGCUUACCUCUGUAGCAUGCUCAAUAAACACUUCUGUAGCUCUGUA